UACGUUAAGUUCAGUUUAGCUGAGUUCAGUCAAUGAGAACAGACCCUUAAUCUAUAAGGAAUAGUAGUAAAAAGUCAAUAUUCAAAUUGGUAACUUAAUCGGGUCGGAUUAGAUUAGGUUGGGUUGGGUGAUCGAGUUUUUAACAUAUGGAGUAUACUUUAUUUGCUUGAUGUAAGACAGUAAGAGAGUCGACGUGGAGGAAUAUGUAACCUUCCUGAACUAAUCAUCUUCUUUCUUCUUCCCCACUCAUUCAAAUACCAAACUACCAAUACCAGAAAUCACUUCACAAAGCUCUGCUCUGCUACAACAAUGGCGAAACUCCUUCAUUCAUCUCCUCGUUUCCACACAAUCCACCGCCAUAGCUUCCACCUUCUCUCCACUCUCUCUCCUCCACCUCCACUCCCUCUCUCUUCUCCCAUUUUCUCUCCCUCCCACUUUCUCUCUCCUCCUCCUUCUCCCUCUUUCUCUCUCUCCUCCUCUCUUCGCCUCGCUCCGAUUCUUCGUCGCCGCUAUUUCAAUUUCUCCACCAACGCUUUCGAUUCCGAUUCCAAUUCCGAUUCUAAUUCUAAGGUUAAGGUUGAAGAAAAGCUUGAUGAAGAUUCUGUUAAUGGCGCUCCUAAAUCUGAGGAAGUUUUUCCUAGUGGUGAAUUUGAAUUCAAAGAAUUUGGCGCUUGGAAGAGUUUUGUUGUUAAAUGUCGGAUGCUCAUUGCUUUUCCUUGGCAACGGGUUAAGAAGAACAGUGUUUUCACCAUCAAAUUACGUGGCCAGAUUUCUGAUCAGUUGAAAUCUCGGUUUUCGCAAGGGUUGUCUCUGCCACAAAUAUGUGAGAAUUUUAUAAAGGCAGCUUAUGAUCCUAGGAUUUCUGGGGUUUAUCUUCAUAUUGAAUCUUUGAAUUGUGGAUGGGGUAAAGUUGAGGAAAUUCGGAGGCAUAUUUUGGAUUUCCGGAAGUCAGGAAAGUUUGUUGUGGGGUAUCUUCCAACAUGUGGAGAGAAAGAGUAUUAUCUAGCUUCUGCCUGUGAAGAGGUAUAUGCACCUCCAAGUGCUUAUUUUCGGCUGUAUGGUUUGACUGUUCAAGCAUCAUUUCUUGGAGGUAUUUUUGAGAAAGUAGGUAUUGAACCACAGGUUGAGAGGAUUGGGAAGUUUAAAAGUGCUGGAGACCAGCUUACACGCAAAUCUAUAUCUGAAGAAAAUCGAGAGAUGUUGACUACAUUGCUUGAUAAUAUCUAUGGAAAUUGGCUUGAUAAAAUUUCAGCUGCUAAAGGAAAAAACAAAGAUGAUGUUGAGAAGUUCAUCAAUGAAGGAGUAUACAAAAUUGAAAGGCUUAAAGAGGAGGGAUGGAUAACAAAUAUUAAUUACGAUGAUGAGGUGGUUUCGAUGUUGAAAGAAAGAUUGGGGAUUGAGAAGGAAAAGAAACUCCCCAUGGUUGAUUACAGACGAUACUCUGGAGUGAAAAAAUGGACCCUGGAAUUAUCUGGAGGAAAAGAGAGGAUUGCAGUCAUAAGAGCCUCUGGAAGCAUCAGUCGUGUUCGUGGCCCUUUAAGUUCGUCUACAUCAGGCAUAGUUGCAGAACAGCUAAUCGAGAAAAUACGUAGUGUAAGAGAAUCCAAAAGAUAUAAAGCUGCAAUAAUUCGAAUUGACAGUCCUGGAGGUGAUGCUCUUGCUUCAGAUCUGAUGUGGCGGGAGAUAAGACUUUUGGCUGCCGAAAAACCUGUUAUUGCAUCAAUGGGUGAUGUUGCAGCUAGUGGGGGAUAUUACAUGGCGAUGGGAGCAGUGACUAUAGUUGCAGAAAAUCUUACUUUGACUGGUUCAAUUGGAGUUGUCACAGGGAAGUUCAAUUUGGGAAAGCUGUAUGAAAAGAUUGGAUUCAAUAAGGAGAUCAUAUCAAGGGGAAAGUUUGCUGAGCUCACUGCGGCAGAGCAGCGAUCUUUCAGGCCGGAAGAAGCAGAGCUUUUUGCAAAGUCUGCCCAGCAUGCUUAUACACAAUUUCGAGAUAAAGCAGCCUAUUCAAGAUCAAUGCCUGUAGAUAAGAUGGAAGAAAAUGCACAAGGAAGAGUCUGGACCGGAAGUGAUGCUGCUUCUCGAGGACUUGUUGAUGCUUUAGGUGGAAUGGGCCGUGCAGUUGCCAUAGCAAAGCAAAAGGCUAACAUUCCCCAAGAGCAACCGGUAUUUCCUUUCUAUUUUAUGGCUCAUACCUCUCUAAUGUUUGGUGUUAAUUUUACUCCAACUCUUUCUUUCUAUUUUGUCAAGACCAUCCCUUCGUUGCCAGAGAUUUUGAGUGGCAUAGGGGGUACUAUUGUUGGGGUGGACAGAACUCUAAAAAUACUACUUGAAGAGUUGACAUCUAUGGAGGGAAUCCAGGCAAGAAAUGGAUGGGAUCAUCUUUGA